AUGCCAGCUACGUCAACCAAGGUGAAAUCUGCUUCAGAUUCUACGGGAUAUUCAAUUGAAAUCAGCCAACGCUUUCAUUCAAUUCAACAGAAAAAGCCGAAGCAAGCUCCGCCGAAAACCUCUCCGGCUUCAGUUUCUUUUGAGGAAGAACCUGAAGUUACGACUACCUAUGAAGAUGAACUAUCUUGGUGCAUCAAAGAACUGCAGACACUCUUGGACCAGAAAGGCAAAGCGUCCGAGAAAAAAGGCAAUAUUGGAUGCUGCGAAAGGCUUGAGUAUUUUGCUCAGUUCGAAGGCACCGAUGGCGAAGAAACGAAUGGCAAUGAGAAGCACGCUUGGUGAUUAUCGCAAGAAGAUGCAAAGUGACGUUACAUUUCAAGAGAAUCGAAAAGCUCGCAUUUAUCCGGGAAAAUGCAAGGGCGCAACAUUUUUCAAGCUGAGCAAGGCCAAGCGUUCACUUCCCGAAAACGUCAAUAACAGCCAAACGAAUUCGAAAUUCCAAUUUGGCUUCGAGAUUGAAAGUGAUUCAUUGUGAUGAAAGCUUGUUGGCUGUUUUCUCUGGAAUCCUUUGUAUCCGUGUUGUCAACGGUUCAGGAAGUGAAUUGAUUCCUGCUCAUUUCACCGCCGAAUGACGUUCAUGCUGGUUUGCAAUUAAAGCGAUGCGUUUAACGCAAUUUUUGUACUG